UUUUCUAUUCAUUGACGAAGGAACGCCGAUAGAGUUGGUGAGCUUACCAGUAAACUUUCUGACAAGAUGUUCUUGGUAGGUAAGAAUGUGAAUCUCCCAUAUUAAAUAAACAGCCGAAGCUGCAGUUUUCAGAGCUGAAUUAAGGUGCAAGACACGAUGAAUCCACAAUCUGUUCAACACAUUUCAGAAUGCUUCGUAAAACCUCAACCAAUGCCUCACGAAGCAAAUCAGCCUUUCUAUUUGACACAAUGGGAUCUUGCUAUGCUCUCUGUUCAUUACAUCCAAAAGGGUCUUCUCUUUUCAAAACCAUCUCCAAAUGCCUUCAAUAUCACAAAUUUCUUGGACAAACUUAAACACUCCCUUGCUCAAACACUAAUCUAUUUCUACCCGCUCGCCGGCCGCCUUGUGACGACCAAAGGUGAUGAUCCUGCUUCGUAUGCUGUCUAUGUGGACUGUACUAACAGCCCCGGAGCAAGAUUUGUUCAUGCUUCCGUAGAAAUGACAUUGUCAGAUGUUCUUUCACCUACGUACGUUCCAUCAAUUGUCCAAUCUUUCUUUGACCAUGAUCGAGCUCUUAAUCAUGAUGGUCAUUUCAAAUCUUUGUUAACAAUUCAAGUAACUGACCUAAUUGACGGCGUCUUUAUCGGGUGUUCCUUAAAUCAUGCUAUUGGCGAUGGAUCUUCUUUCUGGCAAUUCUUGAAUUCAUUUUCCGAAAUAUUUCGGGCAGCUGAAGGAGACGACGUGAAAAUCUCACGUCCCCCGGUUCUGAAGCGGUGGUUUCCUGACGGAUAUGGUCCAGUCAUUAAUCUUCCGUUUACCAAUCCCGAACAGUUCUUACUCCAUUACGAAUCACCUCUGCUAAAAGAGAGAAUGUUUCAUUUUUCAUCAGCGUCUAUUGCUAAACUCAAAGCAAAAGCUAAUUCAGAGCACAACACCAAUAAGAUCUCCUCUUUUCAAUCUUUAUCUGCACUUAUGUGGAGGUGUAUAACUCGUACUCGUAAUCUACCACACGAUCAAAUAACAAGCUGCAGAGUAGCUUGUAAUAACCGGUCAAGAUUAAACCCGCCAUUACCGGAAAACUACUUUGGGAACUGCAUAUAUCCACUUAGAGCUUUCACGAUAGCUGGUGAGCUAUUAGAGAACAAUCUUGGAUGGGCGGCGUGGAAAGUGCAUGAAGCGGUGGUAAAUCACACCGAUGAGGCGACCCGCAAGAAUGUUGAAUCUUGGAUGAAAUCUCCGACUAUAUACAAGAUUCCGCAGUUGUUUGACUCAUUUAGUGUGAUGAUGGGAAGCUCACCGAGGUUCAAUAAGUAUGGUAGUGAGUUUGGAUUGGGGAAAGCUUUGGCACUUCGCAGUGGCUAUGCACAUAAGUUUAGUGGGAAAGUUUCGGCUUAUCCAGGGCGUGAAGGUGGGGGGAGUAUGGAUUUGGAGAUUUGCAUGCCUCCUGAUUUAAUGGAUGCUCUUGAAUCUGAUCCAGAAUUCAUGGAUGCUCUUUGAUCACAGUUUUGGAGUUUUCUAUAAAUUAUUAUCGGCUUUAAGACUUGUUUAAGCAGUUUUUAAUUGAUCAAUAAAUUUAAGAGUUCUUCUGACUCUAACUGUACUUUUAGUUUCGGGAUUAUUUGAAUCAAUGAAGUUUAAAUGUUUAUUUUUA